AUGACUUUCAUACAACCAUACUCGAAUGAAAGAUUGAACAUGAAUUUGAUGAAAUUAAAGGAGGAGUUGAAUGAAAAGUUGGAUGAGUUGAGUGGCAAGUUGGACGAGUUGAAUGAGAAAUUGAACGAAGUGAAUGAGAAAGCAAAUCAGAACACGGACAAGAACUCCAUCGAAAACGGGUUAGAAAACCUCCUGGUCAACGAAAAGACAGACCAGCCCAUUGAUUCUGAUCGAGUGAAAAUCAACAAUCGUAUUGGUGAUAAUGAGAUAGUCAUCAAAGACUUCAACUACCAACAUGGAGCCGACGAAGCCUAUUUUGGAGUCGAAUACAAAAUUGAUGACGCUGUAAAGCUGGCAGUGCAAGAGAUUCGCAACCAUGUUGUCAACCAUAAUCAAGAACGCAGUCGCACCGACCGCAACGUAUGGUACAGAGAACACGACGCGAUCCCCAAAGACUUUAAUCCGAUGGGACAGAGCCAUAACGUCAGCAUGGCCGCUUUGGACCAAAUGAUCAAAGAAGGAGUACAGGGACCUGUCGACGCACACAAUGCGUUCGCAAUCGGUAUCAACAGCAUUGCGCAGACGAUGCAUGAUAUAUUCAAGCUUGGAAUGGACAUAUGUGUACAGGAACAGGCCAAGGAAUUUACGAAGAAACUUUUAUUGGAUGGGAUCACCAAGGCAUACCAGUCGAUCCAAGAAUCGACCCUCAGUAUCAUCAACAUGGAAGAGUUGAAAUACCUCACGCGGAGAGAGAAGACCGAGAAGGAGGACGAGGAGAUAUUUAAACAACGCGCCAUGCCAGAAUCGCAGAACAAGAAGACAGCGUUUGGGCAGGUUCGGAGUCCACCUAUAUUUGGUGCGUAUAGAUCGAGUUAUUAA